AUGCCCAUUUCCCUACUGCGCAAGCCCCCACCCCCGCGGCGUGAGCCCGAGGUAGCGCCGUCGCUCGCGGCUCUCAGCCUCCCCGACCUCACUGUCCCGCUCAUCGACCCGUCAGCAUGGGCCAACCUGCCUCCCGAAAUCGCUGCAGCGGCUCAAGCUCAGGCCCGCGCAGCCGCACAGGCCGGUGGAGGACACUCCCAGCACGGCAGCUACAACCAGUUUGCAGUCACGCCCCGCGCUGGGCCGGGCAUGCCUGGCAACCGCGCAAGCAUGCCGGCGCACGCAGCCGCAGCGUACCAAGCGCAGUAUGGCGGUAACGAGAACGCGUGGCGCGCAAGCAGGAUUCCCAGCGGCGCGUCGCAGGGGGCUCUGCCGAUGGCCAUCCCCGGCGCAAACCCUCCCAGCCCCGGCGCUGCGCUCCGUGCUGGCCGUGUGCCGUCCAAAGUGCGAGACACGAACGGCGGCUCGCCCGAUUUCCACCGGCCGUUCUCGCCCAACAACGUCGUGCCGCUCCCGACCAUGCCCGUGUCGCGCGCGCGCGGAAAGGGAAGGAAGGCGGCGUCGCUGACUGUCGUCGUCGCCGGUCCCAGCGGUAGCGGCAAGACAAGCUUUAUCGACGCUCUCACGGGCGUCCUCGACCCGGAUGCUACGCGCAUGAACGGCCGUAUGGGCCCAACGGCCAGUGUCCUGAGGCACACGGUGACGGCGGCCAGCGAGCGCCGCACGGUUGUCCUCCUCGACACGCCCGGUCUUCCUGCCGCAGGCAACGGUCCUGCCACACGUGGACGCGCGCUCAAUUCGCUUCUUGGCAUCGUCGAAGACCGCCUCGCCAAGCAGCUCGCCGAGGAGAGCAAAGUGAUCAGACGCAAGGCCGAUGGCGGCGACCUGGUGCAUCUCGUCGUCUAUGUGAUUGAUGCUCGGACCGUGCUGUGCCCGACCGCGCCUGUCGAGAUUGACUGGGACACCAUUGCCGAGCCACCCGCCGACAAGGUCGCGGUCCACACCCCGCCUACGCGCCCCGACUCUGACCUGCUCGAGCCCGACGUGGCCGACGUCGAGGCGCGUCUGCCCGUCGACGACAUUGAGGCCAUCCGGCGGUUCUCGGCACGAGCCAACGUCCUCCCGGUCCUCACGCACGCCGACGCCCUCACGUCCAACGAGCUCGCAGCCGCGCGUGCCGCCGUCGUCCGCGACCUCGCCACGGUCUUUGGCCGCGAACCCCUCGGCGCAUGGGGCGUCCUCUCCGCCAGCGUCGACACCGAGGCCGAGGACAUGCUCGACGACCUGUCCGAGCCGCCCAGCGCGGCAGACAAGACGGAUGUGCCCUACGCCGUGUUCGCGCCCGAGCCCGGACCGGGCUUCACCCGCGCGUUCCGCUGGGGACGUGCCGACGCCGCCGACGCCGCACACAGCGACCUGCCGGCCGUGCGUGAUGCGGUCGUCAGCGCGGCCGAGUGGCUGAGGACAACGACGCGCGAGGUCGUGUACGAGCGCUUCAGGACAGAGAGGCUGUUGUCCGCCCGUGGCGUGAGGCCCGGUUUGUGA